CGUACCUAAAGAAUUGACAAAGUUAGCCAAAGUACUGAUUUGAAAACGGAGUGAAUUAAGGGGCUUUAUAUUCUGUACGGUAGCGCUAUAGGGUAUAUCCGUACCUUUUGCAAGACACUUCGAGGAUAAGGUUUUUUUAGUAAAUAAACGAGAAUCAUGGUAACCUUUUGAUAAUUGGACUCCCAGGCGAUGAUCCGAUCACUGUUCACUUCUCAUGAACACUUACACAGAGCUUAAAAUCUGUCGAAAUUCCUUUAAUUGCAUUCGAUUGUUUUUAAUUCCACAAAUUCAUUGAUAUUAUUAUUAUUAAAUGAAUUUUGCACGAUAAAAUUAGGGUUCUGAGUUUCAAUUCAACUGAUUUUAGAGUGUAGCCAUAUCAUGAAGAGCCGAGAAUCUAAGCUAAAGAUGCCAAGAAUGGAGGACAUUCUUAAUAUUCCGGUGCAAGAUCCUCCUUAUGCAGAGUUUUCUGCAGAAAAUAUUAAAUGGGUAGAGGUGGAUGGUGGCCGCCAAGGUGGCGACGACAUUGCUCUUAUCCCUUACUCUAGAGUUGAAGAUUUUGUUAAAGGAGAAUCUUCAAAUGCAGAAUGCCCUGCUAGCUUUCGGGUUGAGUCAAGGAGGAAGAGAUCUGAAGGUAGCAUCAGCAGACCAAGGGUUGAUGGUUAUCUUGAAUAUACACUAUAUUGGUGUUCAUAUGGUCCUGAAGACUACCGUGAUAAUGAGUCUGGUAUAGGGGAUGGCUCAAGCAGCAAACCUGCAACUGGUAAGGGGAGCAGGCCUGGAAGACGCCAUAUGAUGCGAGGUUGCCUUUGCCAUUUUACUGUUAAACGGUUGUACACCCGCCCUCUCCUGGCUCUUGUCAUAUACAAUCAGAGACAACAUGUGGAUAAAACAGGGUCCCCUUGCCAUGGAAUACUUGAUCUCAAUGCUGUAGGGACAAGAGCUAUGUAUGCUCCAAGGAUUUCAGAAGAAUUGCGCCAGAAAGUAUUGUCUUUGCUUUACGUUGGAAUAUCUUUGGACAAUGUAAUACAGCAUCAUUCAGAGAUUGUUCAAGGACAUGGUGGCCCCCACAAUCGUGAUGACUUUCUGACUCGAAAUGAUGUUCGUAACAUGGAGAGAGUCGUCCGAAAUUCUUCUCACAAGUUGCAUGCAAAUGACAUUUGUAGUGUAAAAAUGUGGGUCCAGCGCCACCAGAAGCAUGUCUUUUUCUUCCAAGAUAGUUCUGGUUUAGAUUCAUUUAUACUGGGAAUACAGACAGAUUGGCAGUUGCAGCAGAUGCUUCGUUAUGGGCAUAGUGGUUCUGUAGCAUUUCAUUCAAAAUUUGGAUUGAAGAAAUUUAAGUGUCCUCUCUGUACUCUUCUCAUUUUUGAUUCAUCUCAAAAUGCAAUUCCGAUUGCUUGGGUUAUUACCUCUUCAUUUGUUAGUCAAGCUACCCACAAAUGGCUGGGUUCUCUAGCUGAAAGAAUCCGAGCCAAGGAUCCCAGUUGGAGGCCAAGUGCCAUUCUAGUAGAUGAUCCUUCGCUCGACAUUUCUGUCAUAAGAGAGGCUUUUCAGUGCCGGGUACUAUUAUGCACCUGGAACAUUCGCCGUUCUUGGAUAAGAAGCCUUUUAAAGAAAUGCUGCAACGUUGAUGUGCAACGUGAGAUGUUUAAGCACUUGGGCUGGAUUUUGUAUUCUACAAGAAGUUGGCCAAAUGCUAUAACUGCAAUUGAAGAAUUCAUGCAAGUGUACGUUGAUCAAAGUGUCUUUAUAGAUUACUUCAAGAGGAGGUGGUUACCAUAUAUAGAGUUGUGGGUUAAUGGCAUAAGAUCUCUACCUGUGGCUUGUAUAGAGCCCUUGGCUGCAAUUGAAUCUUACCACAUGAGGUUGAAAUCCUAUCUUUUUGAUGGAAAAAAUGCUAGUUUUUGGACAAGAACUGACUGGUUGAUCCACACAUUGACAACUGAAUUUCACUCUUCAUAUUGGUUAGACCAAUACAGUGUUGAAACUGGGUAUUUCGCACAUGUGAGGGAUGAGUCAUUCUUAACUAAUGCUUGGUAUCAGGCUCUGCACAUUUCUGAUGUUGAUGUGAUGUUAGAUGAGCAAAAUCUUCUACUUGCAAAAGUCAUCUCUCAAACCGACAGAACUUUUGUGUAUACUCUUUGGAAUCCUGGAACAGAAUUCUCUCUGUGUGACUGUCCUUGGUCAAGGUUGGGAAAUCUAUGUAAGCAUGUCAUCAAGGUGUCAAUCUUAUGCAAAAAUCGACAAUUUGCAAGGCCGUUUUUGUCAGCUCAAGUCUAUCGGCGGGCUUUACUUACUCUUCUGCAGAAUCCCCCUGAUGACCCUAUAGUUCUUGAGCACGCCAUUUUUCAUGUAUCCCGCUUGCAACAGGAUAUCAAAGGCUUGGAAGAUUUGUCUAAUAAUGGGUUGCUCCAAUCUUUACCUCCUGAAACAAAUCAUCAAUCCGUAGAGAAUCUGCCUUUUCCACGUUUUCUUUGAUUUGGCCAUUGAAAAGGUGAUUAGAUUUUCAUCAGCCUGAAUCCUGUCUAGCGGUUUGGUAUUGCGAGCGAGACUUGGAAGUUUUGAUCUUUUUACUAUUAGCAAUCAAUCUGACAUCAUAUCAGUAGGAACCUGCACCCGCGUGCUUUGAGCCUUCGGCCCUUCGAGAAGCUUUUAGUUUAGGUUCUGCAUUAUGGAGCUUGGAGUCUGUUCACCUAUGGAGGCAUAUUACAUCAUCUCCAAUGCUUGGUUUGCCGUAUCCCUAGCUGGGGAAUGAACAGAAACAAGAAAACACAGACUUCGCCAAUUCAAUUCGGAAAUUCUGUUAAGGGUCCAUGGACAAUCAGCUUGGAGUGAUGCUGAACAUUUGUAACAUUUGAAUAUGUAUAGCCAGAUCCAUCAAUGACUGUAAACUCGAAAAUUGCUGAUUACCUAUCGCAUGAUCAUCCUUAAAUUAUCAGGCAAUGAUAAUACUAUUGCAUUGGAUUUCAUCAUCUCUGGGAGUCCAGAUGUGGAAAUGUAUGCUCAUUGGCAUUUGAAAGAGCACGGACGAAACAAACAGAGAGAGCUUUGACGACGUUUCAUUUUUACUGAUUUCUAUUCUUGUUGGCUGCCAGUUAUAGUUAUCUUUUUCUCAACUCUGCUCCAUCAUGAGCCCCGGUCAAUCUCAUCCUCUCUGGGGAUCCUCAAAACGCCUAAGCACAAACCCGAAAGGAAUGUUUUUUAACAUAUUUUUAGAGAAAUUGGAGAUUAUCUUUUCAAAAGGAUAAAUGCAGGGUCCAUGGAAUUAGAGAUUAUCUUUUCACAUUUCCUGAUCUCAGCCAUGAUUAUAUUACUGUACUGUUUUUAUUUAUUACCGUCUUACAUUAUUUCUAUUUAUCACUGCAUCCUCUUUUUUAUAGUACAAUUUUUUGAAGAAAAAAAAACAAUUGCAGUUUUUGCAGUUUCACUUU